AAGAAUUGUCAUGUAUGAGUUGGAACGAACGGUAUUCCAAGAAUUAUUUAGAAGAGUAUUGGAUAAUCAGUAUCAAGUAACACCUGAAGAAAGAAAAGCUUUGGUACAGUGUGAUAAUAGUAUUGUUCGAAGAGGUAUAUUUUCAGCUUUGACGUCUUUUUCGUUAAUUUAUUAUGGGCUGAAACAAUUUCAAAAGCAUUUCAACGCUUCGAGCUCUUUGAGGCUUCGUCCCGCAAUACCAGCCACUCUAUUAGGUUUAACCACUGGAUUCUUCUAUGGAAGAACUGCUGCACCAGGUUGUCUACAAAACCUUAUGAAUGUUCCCAAUUCAGCUGUAGCAGAAGAAGUAAAAAUUAUUAUAAGGGAACUUUAUGAACAGUCUCCAUCCUCGACUACAGGUCAAACCAUAGCAACUCGAUAUGGUUUCCUAUUGGAUAGCACAACAGUACCUAUGAAAAUAUCUGAUGUAGGUUUUGGAGAUAACGAAAAUAGUGAUUGGAAGGAAGUUGAUACUUGGCAAUCAGAUAAUUCGAUAUAUCAAGGCACAGUUCAAAAGAGAGUGGGUCCCAGAAACUCUGACAAAAGAAGAGUCAUUCGUCCCAAUGACAAGGUGGAAAACCAUAUUCAUCAAGAUGCUUUAGCCAAUUCUACCUCUUCAUUACCUAGUAACGAAACAGAUUAUGGAUUUGCAUCAUUGCCUGGAUAUUCAAGUAAGUAAAAGUCAUCAUCAAUAUAAAAUAGCAUCUCACGCAGGUCUAGGCAGCCAAUCAGAUAGCGAUGUAUUAGAGUCAUGGGAUAUAGGAAAUGAUAAUCAACAAGAAAAUACAAACAAUGAACCAAAUGUCAAAAAA